GAACAAACAAAGAGGGGAAACACCUUCACCCGCCCGUAGCCACCGUAUGUUCCCGAACCUUCGACGAGAUUCUCUACUGUAGUAUGUGAAAGAGAGGAAGGAGAAGAAGAAGAGGACGUCGAUAGAGAAAGAAACCCUUUUGAUUAAAUUGAGGAAAAAGUGAAGAAACGAAAGAGAGAAGGAGGAGGAGGAGAGAUGGGUGUGGAUUACUACAAAGUUCUACAGGUUGAUAGAAGCGCCAGCGACGAUGACCUUAAGAAAGCUUACAGGAAACUCGCUAUGAAGUGGCAUCCCGACAAGAACCCUACCAACAAAAAAGAGGCCGAGGCUAAGUUCAAGCAGAUCUCUGAAGCCUACGAUGUUCUUAGCGAUCCUCAGAAGAGAGCUGUUUUUGAUCAAUACGGCGAGGAAGGGUUAAAAGGGAACGUGCCACCUCCCAACGCCGCUGGUGGAUCUUCCUACUUCUCAGCAGGAGAUGGGCCUUCAUCUUUCAGGUUCAACCCGAGAAGCGCUGAUGAUAUAUUCGCUGAGUUUUUCGGUUUUUCUACUCCCUUUGGUGGAGGAGGCGCUGGUGGCAGCCCGUUUGGUGGAGGAGGAGGCGCUGGUGGCAGUGGAAUAGGGCAGAGGUUCGCCAGCCGCAUCUUUGGUGAUGAUAUGUAUGGCAGCUCGUUCGGUGAAGGAGGACACCCUCAUCAUCAUCACGGUGCAGCUAGGAAAGUGGCUCCAACAGAGAACAAGCUUCCUUGUAGCCUUGAAGAUCUCUACAAAGGAACCACCAAGAAGAUGAAGAUCUCCAGGGAGAUUGCAGAUAUAAGCGGGAGAACAACGCAAACAGAAGAGAUUCUAACGAUCGGAGUGAAACCAGGAUGGAAGAAAGGCACAAAGAUCACAUUCCCUGAGAAAGGCAACGAACAUCCCGGGGUGAUUCCAGCGGAUCUCGUCUUCAUCAUCGACGAGAAACCACAUCCAGUGUUCACACGUGACGGCAACGACUUGAUUGUCACACAGAAGAUCUCACUAUCCGAAGCCUUAACAGGCUACACCGUCAACAUAACGACCCUUGAUGGUCGGACACUUACGAUCCCCAUCACAAACGUGAUCCAUCCAGAGUACGAAGAAGUGGUGCCUAGAGAAGGAAUGCCACUUCAGAAAGAUCAGACAAAGAAAGGGAACUUGAGGAUCAAGUUCAACAUCAAGUUUCCAGCUAGGUUAACUGCAGAACAGAAAGCUGGUUUCAAGAAGCUUCUUGGUUGAAUGAACCAUUACAGCUUCUUACUUUUGUCUUGUUAUGUUUGUGUUGAUCCAAUGCCGUGACGGCGAGUGGGGCACACAAGGAAGAAGCCGCCGCAUAUAACGCCGAUGAUGAUAGGCAAACUGGUGAGAAGCUCUUUGAUGUCUUCAGAAGGAACAGGGAAUAGACAACGGAUCACGUUCUGAUCAAUCAUGGAGAUUGCAAAGAAGACGAGCAUGGACAUGAAUGCAUGCACAAAAUCAAGAAACCUGAGCUUAUACUUCUCCUUCUCCUCGUCCGUUAGAGUAAUCGUUCCUUCCAUCACAGAUAAACCACUCCGCGUCGCCAAGCCGUACCUGACCUGUGAAGAACAUAAUCAUCAUGUUCAAAACGUAACAAAAUAACUGAGGAUACGAGUGAUAAGAGGGAAUGUGUUUGCGACCUUGCCGCGUGGGUCUCUGAAGGAGUCGGUGAAGGAAAGGAGGAAGCAAGAGACGGCGCAGACGAAGACGAGGAAGCAGGUGAGCCAGCGACUGGCGAUGGUCGGACACUGACCCUGAUGAGAUAGGACAGGACACAUUAUUUGAAAACCCAUUACCGAACCGGUCGGGAGGAGAUUAGAGAGAUGGGCUGUUCCUUUGAAUGCUUUCCUCGCCAUUUUCUGUACUUUUGACUUCGGCUUUCUUGGUGCCUCAGGCAAUGAAGCUAUCAACAACGGCUGCGUUUCCUCCAUAAGUUUCUUUAAGUUUUGAUUAAUCACUCUGAAAAAUUCAAAAUGAUUAGAUAUGUCUUGUUUUUCUCGAUGACUAUUCUGAAGAGCUGGACAAGAUUUUAUGGGUUUCGUUUUCUUUCUUUUAUUGUGUCUUCUUCUGUUAA